AUGAGUUGCCAAAAGAGUAUUGAACUAGAUGCCUUAUCACCUGAGAAUGAUGCGUUGUAUCUUUUCCUUUUUCAUGCUAUUAAAAUUGGUCAAAGUUAUCCUUACGAUUUGAAGAAAGUGGCACUGGAUAUUCUAAAUGAGUGUGGAACAUUACCAAUUAUAGUUGUAGCAGUGGCAAGAAUCUUUAGAGAUUGUCCAGCAAAAGAAUGGCACGAUGCUUUGACAUCACUAAGAAGUACCAAACCAUCAAGGCAUGAGAUUGUUGAUGAAGAUGAGAUGAGGUUUUAUAAUUCUUUCAAGUUUAGCUAUACUUAUCUAAAAGAUAAAGAAGCCCAAGUUAUCUUCCUGUUGUGUUCUGUAUUCCCAAAAUCUUAUAAAAUACCUGUAGAACUGUUAAGCAAAAUUACUAUAGGCUUAGGGCUCUUCGGAGAAGUUGACAAAUAUAAUAGAGCAAGAAGUCAAGUGCCUGUGAUUAAAGACAAACUCUUAAAUUCUUCUUUAUUGUUCAAGGCUGGUGAAGAAUGUGUAAAGAUGCAUGAUGUAGUUCGUGAAGUAACCUUAGAGAUGGCAAAUGAAGAGGUUCAAGUAAUCAUGGAUCCUAAGCAAAAAUUGAAGGAGAAUAUGAAAUAUUCAACUUGGAUCAUAAAUGACUUCUCCAAUUGUUUUGAUGGGAGUAAACUUGAGGUUCUCUUAAUAUGGAUCAAUGAAAUUGGUUCUUUGGAAGUUCCAAGCAAAUUCUUCACAGGUAUGAAGAGUCUUAAGGUGUUGCUUUUGUUUUCUAAGAUUGAAUUUGGGAGAACUUUAGCUUUGUCAUUGCCAAAAUCAAUUCAGUCACUAGAAAAUAUCAAAACCCUGUCCCUUACCAAUUGGGAAUUAGGUGAUAUAUCUGUGCUCAAAAACUUACAAAUGCUUGAGACUCUGGAAUUGGUUAAUUGUUUAAUAAUUGAACUACCUAAUGGAGUUAGUGAGCUUAAAACAUUGAGACAUUUAGGCUUGGUACAUUGCUCGAUUGAAAGGAAUAAUCCAUUUAAAGUGAUUGCUAGAUGCUCACAAUUAGAAGAAUUGCAUUAUGUUUUGAAUGAGGAUCAUAUGCUCAAGAAUGAAGAGGUUUCUCAAAUUACAUUCCUUCCAGGAUAUCAAAGAUAUAAUAUAAAUGGUGGUGACUUCUCUGAUUUUUGUUCUCCUCAAUUGGAUAUUUCAAUCAAAAAAAGCUUUAAGCCAGCCAAGCUACAAAAGAUAUUCUCCAAAGAAAUGAUUAAGUCAUUAGCAACAAGAGCAGAGAUUCUAGAAUUGAAAGGAGAUAUUGAGUUUGGUCGGAAUAAUCUUAUUCCUGGCAUUGUUUCAAUUGAAGAUGGAGCUAUGAAAGACCUAGUGAAGCUUUCUUUGAAUUCUUGGCAUGAGAUUAAGUGUUUGAUCCAUGCUGAGAAUCUUCAACUUAUAUUUGGUGCGAUUAUCUUCUCCAAGUUAGUUGAAUUGCAACUUGUUGAUGUGGAUGUAACAGAAAUAUGUCGUGGUUGCUAUCCUACUCGCUUUCUCAAGCAACUAGAGAAGUUGAAGUUAAAGUAUUGUCUACAGUUGGAAGGCACAUUAUUUAAGGGCGGGCUAGAACUGGGUAACCUUAAGUCUAUAAAAAUAAUGAGAUGUUCAAUAACAUGUCUUUUUCAUCCUUCCACUGCUCAAACUCUAAAGCAACUAGAAACAUUAAAGAUCAGUGAAUGUUUUCAGCUGGAGUACAUAAUAAGGGGCGAGGGAUCAUCGAUAAAGGAAAAAGUGGAUGAUAAAGAUCCUAAUCCAAAGAGUAGUCAUGAAUCAUUGUUUCCCAAAUUGAAACACCUCUAUGUUACAGGGUGUAAAAAAUUGGAAUUCAUAUUGCCAAUUUGUUUGUGUGAAGAUCUUCCUUCACUAGAAAGUGUGGAGAUUUGGGGGUGUCGCCAGAUAAAAUGCAUAUUUGGGCAAUAUCCAGGAGAGAAAGGGUUACAUCAAAUGCAAAAUGAAACCAUACUUUGUUCAUUGAAAGUAAUGUCUAUUAAGGAUGUUCCAGCAUUUGCGGGCAUAUAUCCAGAAUGUUGUCUACCAAAAAACUCAACAGCAAAUACAAGUGAUGUGUCAAAAGUAAAAGAUAAGAGUCCGUGUCACAAUGUCUCUUGGGGUCCUUUUUGUUGUUUUCUGCCAAAAUCAAGCACUACAGAUGCAAAUGAUCCAUCUAUGUCAUCCCAAGCAAUUAAGUCAGGUACCACUACUUCCCAGGUGUUAAAGAAGGAGAAAUAUGUUGGGAAUACAGCUCUUGGAAUUUUUACUCUACCCUUAUACCCAUUCAAUGUAAGAGAGAUGAACAUCAUAGAAAUUACCGAGUUAACGUCAUUGUUUACUAUAUCCAUUGCCUCAUCAUUGAAAUCUUUGGAAAUAUUGAAUGUUCUAUGGUGUGAUGCACUGAAGCAAAUAGUAAUUGAUGAGGGGAAUUGUGGUCAUGAUCAUUUGAAUGCCAAGUCUAUCUUCCCCAACUUACACUCUGUUUUCAUAAAUUGUGACAAGUUGGAAUCUAUAUUUCCAGCUUCUUGUUCUAUUGACCUUAUGCAUUUGCAAUCUGUGAGUAUCAUUGGGGCUCGUAAGUUGAAAUAUGUGUUUGGAAAAUCUUAUGGUGAUCAUGAUCAUUCACUUGAUUACCACGAUCACGAUGUUGAGAUUCAUCUCCCAGCUCUGACCAAACUAUGUCUUCAAGGAGUACUAAAUAUGGUCAGUAUGUGCCCUGAAAACUAUUAUGUGACAGCACCCUCCCUAAAUGAUAUCUCUUUUGAAUCAACAUGUCCACAACUCCAUAUAAAUUCUUUUAUAGAUUUAUCAGUUGAUGGGCAUAAAGGACAAGAAAAACUCUCAAGAAAAAAGAUGAUAAUCGGGAUGCACUUGUACGAUUUGAAACAUCUCGCUUUCUCAGAGAUGGACAUGGAAACAAUUUAUGAUCUUGAGAGACUCGAAAUUGCAAGUCCUGUAAAUUCAAGUUUGGAAACCCUGAGUUUGAAGCACCUGCAUAACUUAAGGAACAUAUGUGUGGGGCCAAAGAACUAUCUGAGCUGUCAAAAUCUUUUCCAGCUAACAAUCAAUGGAUGCAAACAAUUGAAAUUUAUCUUUCCUGCAUCUAUCUCGAGAAGCCUACCAUAUUUGAGACACCUAGAUGUAUUUGAAUGUGAAGAGCUAGAGCGCAUCAUUGAGGAUGAUGAUGGUAAAGAGAAUACCGAUCCGCAUGAGCAAGAAUCUCUUGAUAUUGGUGAUAAAUUAUGCACCACAGCUUAA